AUGCUGGACGACAGCACCCAGACCGUCCUCGGGGCGAUCGUCCCAGAAUCCCUGUCGUCGACCUCGUUCCAACAAUACGCACAGCUACAGCCCUUUUGCGGCGAUGUCGAAGGCUGGGGCCCUUUGAGCAGACUCCGGUUUGAUCUGACGCCCUGUUUUCUGGACGUCGGGGUCUCGGUUGUUGCUCUGUUCGGGUUGGUUUUGGGAAGUGGUGCGCUGUGGUUCUUGCUCAACAAGCGCAUUCCCCAGCCGGUGUCAAAGAAUUGGCAUUUCUACGCUAAGCUGGUUGUUCUGUCCGCCUUGUUGUUCACCACUGCCCUACAGGCGGCCCUUCAAGUUGAGAUUUAUGCCAGUUGGUUUGCCGACUUCCGAUUCUGGAGCACCGUCCUUGUUUUCGCCUCGCUAUGUGUCAUAUUUGCCGUUCAGUACUAUGAACAUUGGCGCAGCCGGUAUCCGAAUGGCGUUGUUCUCUUCUACUGGCUCUUUUUCAUCAUUGCCUAUACUGUGAAGCUGCGAUCGCAUGUAGCGCGGAAGACCUACGAUGAUCGCCUGCCGUCCUUUGUCUGCCUCAAUGUCAGUCUGGGACUUGCGAUUUUGGAGUUCUUACUGGAGUACUUGGUUCCGAAGAAGCAGAGUGCUUACGAUGCCUUGGGCGACGAGGAUGAAUGUCCAUAUGAAUAUGCGGAUGUGUUCUCGGUCCUUACCUUCAGUUGGAUGACACCUAUGAUGAAAUUUGGGUACAAGAACUUCCUCACUCAGGAUGAUCUGUGGAACCUUCGCCGAAGGGAUACCACGCGCGCUACCGGAGCUACGUUGGAGGAGAAUUGGGAGUAUGAAUUGCAGAAAGACAAGCCGUCUCUAUGGACAGCUUUGUUUAAGUCAUAUGGUGGCCCUUAUGUCCGCGGAGCAAUUAUCAAGUGCGGAAGCGAUAUUCUGGCCUUUGUCCAGCCACAACUCCUGCGGCUUCUGAUUAACUUCAUCGAUUCAUACCGGACUACUGAGCCUCAGCCAGUCAUUAGAGGAGUUGCUAUAUCACUAGCUAUGUUUGUUGUCUCCGUGUCUCAAACAUCAUUCCUUCACCAGUAUUUCCAGCGCGCAUUCGAUACCGGUAUGCGUGUCAAGUCCGGCCUCACUGCCAUGAUCUAUGCUAAGUCCCUGAGACUUUCGAGCGAAGGUCGCGCAUCGAAAACGACCGGGGAUAUUGUUAACCACAUGGCCGUGGAUCAGCAGCGGCUGUCUGAUCUAACCCAAUUUGGUACGCAGCUUUGGUCUGCGCCAUUCCAAAUUACCCUCUGUAUGAUUUCGCUCUACCAGUUAGUUGGAGUCAGCAUGUUUGCUGGUAUUGGUGUCAUGAUCCUCAUGAUUCCGCUUAAUGGCGUCAUAGCCCGGAUGAUGAAGAAGCUCCAACUUGUCCAGAUGAAGAACAAGGAUGCGAGAUCAAGACUCAUGACCGAGAUUCUGAACAAUAUCAAGAGUAUCAAGCUCUACGCCUGGAACACUGCAUUUAUGAACAAGCUCAGCCAUAUCCGUAAUGAUUUGGAAUUAAAUACUCUUCGCAAGAUCGGAGCUACGCAGUCCGUUGCGAACUUCACCUGGCAGUCCACCCCGUUCCUGGUUUCUUGCUCAACGUUCACCGUGUUUGUUCUGACGGAAGAUCGGCCUCUAACCACGUCGAUCGUGUUUCCGGCUCUGACGCUCUUCAACCUCCUCACUUUCCCGCUUUCGAUUCUUCCGAUGGUUAUUACUUCCGUAAUCGAAGCCUCUGUGGCUGUCAGGCGGUUGACUGAUUAUUUCGCUGCCGAAGAGCUUCAAACUGAUGCAGUCAAAAAUGAAGACCCAGUAUCCCACAUUGGAGACGAGUCUGUCCGAAUCCGUGAAGCGUCCUUCUCUUGGGAUCGAUAUAAGGAUGAUACAGUGCUGGAGAAUAUCGAUUUGAGCUGUCGCAAAGGGGAGCUUAAUUGCAUUGUCGGACGUGUUGGUUCCGGAAAGUCGUCGCUCCUCCAGGCACUUCUUGGCGACUUGUGGAAGACUGAGGGUGAAGUCGUCGUCCGCGGACGCAUCGCAUACGUCGCGCAAGCCGCUUGGGUCAUGAAUGCAAGCGUACGGGAAAACAUCGUCUUCGGUCACCGCUGGGAUCCUCAGUUUUAUGAGCUAACCGUGGAAGCAUGCGCUCUGCUGGACGACUUUAAAAAUCUGCCUGAUGGUGACCAGACGGAGGUUGGAGAAAGAGGUAUCUCACUAUCUGGUGGACAAAAGGCCAGAUUGACUCUUGCCAGAGCUGUGUACGCCCGUGCCGAUAUUUAUCUUCUCGACGACGUUCUGUCAGCAGUUGACCAGCACGUUGGUCGCCAUCUGAUUAACCGCGUACUUGGACGGAAUGGAAUCCUCAACAGCAAGACAAGAAUUCUAGCCACGAAUGCUAUUCCUGUUCUGAAAGAGGCUGACUUUAUCGGUUUGCUUCGCGACAAGACCUUGAUAGAGAAAGGUACAUAUGAGCAACUGAUGGCUAUGAAGGGUGAAGUCGCCAACCUCGUCCGUACAACUCUGAACGAGUCGGGUGAUGAAGACUCAAGCGCCGAAAGCGGCGGACUCGCUAGCCUUGAAAGCUCCGAGACUACUACCAUAAUCGAGGGGCCCGACUCUGACUUUUCAGAUACUGACGAGGCUGAACAGCAGAUUGGCUCUCUUGCUCCGAUCAAGGCCGCCGGUCCACGCAGGACCAGCACAGUCACAUUACGUCGUGCGAGUACCGUAAGCUGGCAAGGUCCUCGGCGCAAGCUAGGCGAUGAAGAGAAUGUCUUGAAGAGCAAGCAGACCCAGGAAACAUCGCAGCAGGGUAAAGUGAAGUGGAGCGUAUAUGGAGAGUACGCCAAGAACAGCAAUCUGAUUGCCGUUGCCUUCUACCUCGUCACCCUGGUUGGCGCGCAAACAGCGCAAGUUGGUGGUAGUUACUGGCUUAAGCACUGGACUGAAGUGAGCGAGAGGCAGUCAGCACCAAACGCCGGCAAGUUUAUUGGAAUUUACCUGGCCCUGGGACUUGGGUCGUCCUUUUUGGUUAUCCUCCAGAAUCUUAUCCUUUGGAUCUUCUGCUCGAUCGAAGCGUCCAGGAAGCUCCACGAGCGUAUGGCGUUCUCCAUCUUCCGUUCCCCAAUGCGCUUUUUUGAGACGACACCGUCUGGUCGAGUCCUGAACCGUUUCUCAAGUGAUAUCUACCGCAUCGAUGAGGUUCUUGCCCGGACAUUUAACAUGCUUUUUGGAAACUCAGCCAAGGCAAUCUUCACCUUGCUUGUUAUUGCUAAUUCUACCCCUCCGUUCCUGAUUGCGGUUAUUCCAUUGGGAUAUAUCUAUUUCAGCUACCAAAAAUACUACCUUCGCACAUCGCGCGAGUUAAAACGCCUCGACAGCGUCACGCGCAGCCCCAUCUAUGCCCAUUUCCAGGAGUCACUUGGAGGAAUCUCUACGAUCCGCGCUUACCGGCAAGAGGAAAGGUUCAGCCUGGAAAAUGAGUGGCGCAUGGAUGCGAACCUCCGUGCUUAUUUCCCUUCCAUCAGUGCCAACCGGUGGCUUGCUGUUCGCCUUGAGUUUAUUGGCUCGGUCAUCAUUUUGGUGUCUGCAUUGCUUUCGAUCGUGUCUGUUGCGACUGGCAGCAAAUUGUCCGCAGGAAUGGUCGGCUUGGCCAUGUCCUACGCUCUCCAGAUUACCCAGUCCCUCAACUGGAUUGUCCGACAGACCGUCGAAGUUGAGACUAACAUCGUGUCCGUCGAGCGUGUCCUUGAGUACGCCAGUCUUCCGAGCGAAGCACCCGAGGUCAUUUUCAAGAACCGCCCGCCCACCGGAUGGCCUGCGCAGGGUGCGGUAUCGUUCCAUAAUUACAGCACUCGCUACCGCGAAGGACUCGACCUCGUGCUCAAGGACGUCAACCUCGACAUCAAGCCUCGUGAGAAGAUUGGCGUGGUUGGGCGUACGGGUGCUGGAAAGAGUUCACUGACUCUGGCGCUUUUCCGCAUAAUCGAACCUACCAACGGUGGAAUCAGUAUCGACAAUCUGGACAUUUCGACAAUAGGGCUCCGUGAUCUACGCGGGCGGCUUGCCAUCAUCCCCCAGGACCCAGCCAUGUUCGAAGGCACGGUGCGGGACAACCUGGACCCUCGCCAUGUACAUGACGAUACCGAACUGUGGAGCGUUCUUGAGCACGCCCGACUGAAGGAGCAUGUAUCUCAAAUGCAGGGUCAACUGGACGCGCACAUUCAAGAAGGAGGAUCCAACUUGAGCCAAGGCCAGCGCCAACUAAUCUCCCUUGCCCGAGCUCUCUUAACGCCUAGCAACAUCCUCGUUCUAGACGAAGCAACGGCCGCCGUCGACGUCGAAACGGAUGCCCUGCUUCAACGCACCCUGCGUAGUAGCAUCUUCCAAGACCGCACGAUUAUCACGAUCGCGCACCGUAUCAACACAAUUAUUGACUCGGACCGCAUCGUCGUCCUGGACAAGGGCCGCGUUGCGGAGUUCGAUUCCCCGGCGGCACUGAUCAAGCAGCGCGGGAAAUUCUACGACCUUGUCAAGGAGGCUGGGCUGCUUGACAGUGACGGGAACGCAAUCACUGUGCAUUGA